AUGGAUUCUUCCAGCGUGUCGCGCCGUCCAGCUUGUCCUUCGAAGGCGUUCAACCUGCAAUCCAGGGGUGCGAGCUUGGACACCACAGCCGCAGGGAGCGUUCAGUGGAGCUCCUACAGCUCAAGUUCGGCAAGCUGUGCUGGGCAUGCAUCGCCUGUGCUUGACACAUCCUCUACAUUAAUAUAUCUCGAUUGGGAUGACACUCUGUUUCCGUCCACCGAGAUUUUUGACCGAUGGGGGUUGCCACACCAAUGGGACUGCGAGGGUCUUACCGCGAAGCAAGAGCAGCUACUGUACGCCUGGGGCGAGUCUUUGCAACGAUUCCUGAAAGCUUGCAUGGAAUACUCCGGAUCCUGCGUCAUUGUGACCAACGCACAAAGCCGUUGGGUUGAGAACUGCUUGAGACGAUUCGCACCGGAGCUUGUCUCUCUCUUUGCCAGCCCAGGGGGACCUACGGUUUUGUAUGCCAAGGAAGUUCUGAGAGCCUUGCGCUUACGCAAGAGGGUCAGGCACCAGGAUGACAGUGUGAUCCCUGCGAAGCACGUCGAUGCCUACUGGGACGACGAGGAUACUCAACGCUUCAAGUUCGUGGAGAUGUCGGCAGCAAAGUUCCAUGCUAUGAAGCAAGAAUACCUUGAUUUCUUCAGUGGACGUGAAGGGCACUCUCGUCGCAACAUCAUCAACUUUGGUGACAUGGAGUAUGAGCACGAAGCUGUGAAAGAGCUGGGGAUGCGCAUGUCCGAACGAAGUCCGGAACCAACCGUCAAAUCAUUGCUUCUGCCAGAAGCGCCGAAGAUCAGCGAGUUGACCGUUCGCCUGGAAUUGCUCCGCUUGCUUCUGCCCGCUAUCGUCAGUCGCAGCAGCGACAUCGAUCUCGACUUGAAGGACUCGCCUGUUCCCAUGAAGCUGCUGGCAAAGGCCCUGAAGCUUCCGGAACUUGCAGAAGUGGAUUUGCAUCAUGCGUGGGGUGACGGUCCACCACCUUCCGCCGAAGAGGUGGCGAACAGCCUUGUGGAGGUGGCCAUGGGGAUACAUCUGAAGGAGGAGGUGGUCCGGGACACCGUUGAAACGGAACUGCUCAAAUGGGGAGCCGAAGCCUUCCAGAAGUUCCGGAAGCAGACGGCGGGCUGGCUACCCGUAAGCCUUGGCUACGACAAUGGCGCUCCCCACUCGCGGUUGCCGCCUCUGGGCUGGUCCAGUUGGGUGGGUCUCGGUCGCCAGUGGCCGGGCCCAGAGGCACAGGCGCCAGAGUUCGACUUCUGUGACGAAGCGAGCGUGAAGCUUUCCGUCGACGCCUUUCAUCAGGUUGGCCUUUAUGAUGCCGGCUAUCGCCACUUUCAUUUGGAUGACUGCUGGGCGGAUCACGAGAGAAAUGCUUCGGGAUUCUUGCAAGCAGACAGGAAGCACUUUCCCAAUGGCAUGCAGCCGAUCGUAGACUACGCCCACUCCAAGGGCCUCACAUUUGGACUCUACACCUGCGCUGGGACCUACACCUGCGUCGAUCGGCGACCCGGCUCCAAGGGACAUUUCACCCAGGAUGCAGCGGUUUUUGCAGAAUGGGGAGUGGAUGUGGUGAAGAUGGACUGGUGUUUCACGGAGGGAAUGGAGCCUGAGCCGACCUACACGGCCUUCUCGAACGCUUUGAAUGCCACAGGCCGGCGGAUCCACUUUAACAUGUGCGAAUGGGGGAAGGAGAAUCCCUGGACCUGGGGCCCUCAAGUCGCCCAGUCCUGGAGGGCCACGGGCGAUCACGUCCCUCUCUGGUCGGACACAAAGAAGGUCAUCGAAGAGAGGACGAAGAUCCCUGAAGAGUACUCCGGCCGCCCCUUUGCCUGGAAUGACAUGGACAUGCUGGAGACCGGGAACUACCGCCAGGCCGCCCAUGCCAAUGGGAAGACCGGGAAUAUGACGAAAGUCGAGUACCGAACCGAGGUCUCCAUGUGGGCCAUCCUGGCCUCACCGCUGAUCGUUACGACUCCUCUCUUGAACUGCUCGAAGACAGAUCAGAUCUUAGGGAACUUCACAUCAGGCAGCUGCAGACCCUCCAUCACUCCCUUGCAGAGGGAGCUCCUUCUGAACAAAGAGGUCCUUUCAGUGAACCAGGCUGAUACCGCUCCAGGUCGGCUUGUGAAAGACUUCGGUACGUGGAAAAUUUACAGCAGACUAAUGGGCGAUUUAUCCAUGGCCGUCGCUUUUUACAAUCCGUCCGAUGCCAAAGUCUUUGCCAGUGUGGAGUUUUCAUCGCUGGGAUGGCCCGAGGGCUCUACAGCAAGCGUGCGAGACCUCUGGGCACAGACGCAGUUGCUGGACACGUUUGAGCGCUUCCCGGCCGUGGGUAGUGUCGGCAUCGAAGCGCACGAGACUCUCCUGUUGCGAUUCGGCCGAGUGUCGGAGCUGGUCGUAUGA